AGCCUUUUCUGCUAAUUGCAAAGAUCCCUAAGAGUUUAGUAGAGAAGCCCAACGGAAGCUUCAUUAGCAAUGGGGAGUGUUAUCGUGGAACUGCAAAGAAACUCAACCAACUGGGCUAAGGCUGUGGGAGAAAUCGUGAAAAUGGAGAGAAAGAUCUUUCCCAAACACGAAUCUCUUGCUAAUUUCUUUUCUGAAGAACUGAAAAAGAAGAAUUCUGGGUUGCUUUACUUGGAGUUGGACGGUGAAGUUGUUGGUUAUGUCAUGUAUUCUUGGCCUUCUUCUUUGUUUGCUUCUAUUACUAAGCUUGCAGUGAGGGACAAUUACAGGAAGCAAGGCCAUGGAGAGGCAUUGCUGAAAGCAGCAAUUGAGAAAUGCAGGUCAAGAAAGGUCCAUCGCAUAUCGUUACACGUUGAUCCCUUGAGGACUCCAGCCAUGAGUCUAUACAAGAAACUUGGUUUUCAAGUUGAAGAUUUGAUAGAAGGUUACUACUCUCCAGGCCGAGACGCCUACAAAAUGUACUUGGAAUUUGAUUCUGAAUAGUGGACAAUACUUCAUUGAAUUUUGAACCGACACAUGUUGGCACCACUGUAAGUUACAAGUUUAUUCUUUUGUCUGCAACGGUAAAGCUCAAAUUUUCUUUCCUGCUCUUCUUCCUUUCUUUUAUGUAUCCUUUAUUUACUCCAUCCCAAGAUACGCUCAUGGUUGUCUUGGACGACCUCUCUAAUAUUUAAAUCAAUAAUAAAAAUUACAGAAUAUAUAAUUGAUUAUAAAGAUAACAGCAUACCUGGAAUGAGUACUGUGAGCUCUUUUAGAUUAGGAAUGUGAAAAAAACAUCAUAUAUGCACCUUUUAAUGUUUAGGUGUGUAAUAGCGGAAGCUUACCAUCUUGAAAGAAGUCUAGUUUGAGUGGGACUCGAGGAUUCUGAAUAAGGUUGGAUGCUUAUUGUACUUAAUAGAAUUUAUAUUGUAUUUGAAUACAAUUAUUUUUGUUUUUGGGAUCCA